AUGGGUUGGAGAGAUCAACAUACACCGCGUGGACGUUCUGCAGAGGUUGAGGACUCUAUUCAGUAUCUACGGCGAUAUUUGGGAGAAGAACAGGAAGAAGAGGAGAAUAUAGAGGGAUCCGCACAACGGCGAGGUAUGACCUCAUCGCGUGGGAAAAGCGAUCAUAAAGUGGCUACGGGUGUACUCCCAACCUCAGCAGUUUCUGGCGAUUGGCGAACAAAAGGGGUAUCUAUGGGAGUGGCAACAGCACCAACAAGAUCAACAGCAAUAACAACAACAACAACAACAACAACAGUAAAUAAUAGUUUAACUGGUGGUAAUCCCUCGUGGGGAAGUGCUUCAUCCACACCACGCAGACGUCAUUCUUUAGGCGAUCGUGGAAACGGUAGUAGUGGAGUUUCACCAGGGAGUGAUGGGGAUUAUGUGUAUGGUGGAUCUUCAUUAAGAAAUGAUAGGAGUUCUUUGCGAGGAGAAAAGUAUUCAUCCACGCGUGAUCGCAGUGCUCGUGAUAUGGUAUCACCUGUGAGAGAACCAUUAAGACUGCGUUAUGGCUCUUCCGCCCAAACUCCCGUUGGUCGACCGCCUUUACAUCAACAGAGACAACAAGAACAACAACGACAAAAAGAAGAAGAAGAAGAAGAAGAGGAAGAACGACAAACUGGAAGUUUAACUAGAAGAGGGAACAUGACGGGAUGGAGGGAGGAUGAUAAUAACUCCUUACGCCGUGAGAUUAGAUCUACAAAGGACUGGGAGCGACGUUCGAAGGACUCUCACUGGACAAAUCGUGAUAACUAUGGGAAUCGAUUGAGAGAAGUUUAUAAUGAUCCUUACGAUAAUUCAUCUUCGAAUAACCAACAUCGCCCUCGACGCUACUCAAGUGAUAAAAGUACUCUAGAUGACUACACAGAGGAUGAGGAAAGGCAAACCUUUUCUGCGAAUGAACGUGUUAUGACACCAAGAAGAGGAACUGAGAAUGGAAUUUCUCAGAGAACAAAUGGUCAUUCUUCAGGAAAACGAACGAUAACUACAGAAGGAGUUACAAGUAUUAGUCCUAGAGGUGGUGGUAAUAGUAAUAAGAAUAAUAAUGGUAAUGGUAUGAGUAUGGGCGAUGAUGGUGAUAUUGGUUCAGUAAGUCUCACUAAACAGCCAAAUGCUUUAAAAAAGAAGGAGUUAACAUCUUUAGAAAAACACGACAUGAGUACUUACUCAUCACGAGAUGUAUUCCCAUAUCCAAUACAUGAUGAUAACAUGCGAUCCAUUAUUUUUUACUUAAAGAACCAUUAUGCUUUAGAGGAAGAAGAAUAUCUACGAGGUAUUCAAACCAUGACUCCAGAAGAUGUACUUGGGCUUAUACAAUGUUUCUACGUGGAUGUCUAUCGAACAAUUCGACAUGCUCGAGAUGUCGCCGGUGUUGGACGUGCGGGUUUCAUGGAUAAAGAUCCGGAUGUGGAUACUGUGCUGAUUUCCAACAACUCUCCAGAGAUGGAAUCACAUGUUCACCACAGACAACAACAACAACAAGGAGGACGAUUAGAGACAAAUAGUGAGAUGGAAGAGAGACGAGAGUUGCGGCGUCCACCUCCUGAAGUUCCAUCCACACCACCACCAGCACCAACAACAACAACAACAACAACAACAACAACAACAGCAGCAGUAAAUACAAAUACAAAUACAAGAACAAUGCAAAGUAUGAAGUUGCCGGAUGCCGCACACCGUUCACCCCCGCAUUAUCACGUCCAACCACAAUCAUUAUCAUCACCACCACAUCAACAUCAACAACAACAACAAUAUCAACAACAUCAGUUACGAUAUCCGGAAGGUAUGCCGAUAGAUACAAUGCGGCCAGCUCGGACAUCAUCUCAUUCUGUACAUUGGGAUCACACAACGUCUGCGCCUCCCACAUAUGAAGUGGCGAACAGCAGUCAACACACUCUCGACACUGUGUCGCUCUCACUGGAGCCGCCAAUGGAGCCACGCAGUGGAAUUGUAAAGCGGCCACUGCGAAGACUGAUGCCUCUGCUGCGCCGCGGCUCUACAUUAUGCAAACAUGUUGCUGGUGGCCGUCCACAUCUGCGUUUUUUCCGCAUAGAGGAUCAACUCGGCGAGGACCGCAGUGGGCAAGAAGCCGUAAUGCCACACUUUGUAUGGUAUACCAACGCCCCACACAAUGCUGAUCUUCAUGAUGAUCAAUCAUCACAAUCCCACCAAUAUGAACAUCAUAAUAAUAAAAAUAAUAAUAGUAAUAAUAAGCGACCUAACGAGGCGCUUAGUUUACCAAGUUUAAUUGGUGUUCAUCUUUUAAGUGCUGGAGAUUCUACGAGUGACUCCAUGCGGCGUCUCUUUCGCCGUUCGAAGGGUGUUGUGGUGGACCAUCAACGUCGUUCAGUGGCGGAGGGGAUGUGUGCAGUCUUUCGCUUUGAGCAGCGCGAUGUUGCGGUCUCUUUUCUCACGGAGGCCGAUCGUCAAUUAUGGGUGGGCGGCAUGAUGGGAGUGGUGGAGCGCAACAGAGAACUCGCUACACAACUCUAA